AUGGCUGCUGCAGCCCAGAAAACCGGAUUCUCAUCAGCAAAAUCCUUCCUUCUCCCCAUCCUUAUGCUGCUGUGUUCCCAUUCUCUUUCCCUGGCUACUACUAAUACUCUGCGGCAAGGCGGCCCAGCUCUGAAUUCCUCCUCCGCCCUCGUCUCCCCAAACGGCCUCUUCACAUUAGCCUUCCGGGAGCUCGAAACCUCCGAAUCCAACCACAACAGCUAUUAUCUCGUAGUCCGCUACAACGACAGCAACCUCUUCCCCUGGAUAGCCAACCGCGAAUUCCCCAUCCCCGACGACUCCGGAUCCCUCACCCUAGACUCCACCGGAACCUUGACGAUCACCUACUCCGGCAGCCACGUCAUCAGGCUCUACUCCUCCACCGACAAUAAUCGAAACUUGACCGCCCUGCUCGACGACACGGGCUGCUUCUCCCUGACGGACGGCGACGGGAACUCGCUGUGGCAGAGUUUCGAUUCCCCAGCUGAUUCCUGGCUGCCGGGGAUGAAAUUGGGGGCGGUGGUCAGCGGCCGCGGUCGAAAUCGGCAGCAGCUGACGUCAAGGCUGAGCUAUUCCGUCCUAGGGGAGACAGGGGCUUUCGCGCUGGAAUGGGGCCCUUCCUCCCCUGCCGCCGACGGAAAGGAAGAGCUGGUGAUGAAACGGCGAGGCAGCGAGACGUUCUGGACAAGCGGCGAGCUUUUGGGACCCAAUCGGUUCCGGAAUCUCGACCUUCGAGGAGUAACGGCGGCGGAUUUCAAGGUUUCUCGAGUUAAAAAUCCGCCGGACGAGGACUACUUGACAUUUUCAGCUUCUCAAUUCACAAUCUUGCGGUUGCGAUUCGACGGCGAGAUCGAGUACUACCGAAGCGGGAGCGCCAUAGGGACUCUACUGGACCCACAAGUCUGCGACGGGAACUACUCGGAGAACGGGUGCCGGAGAUGGGAAGGGCCGGCGUGCCGGAGGGAGAACGGCGGCGACAAGUUCGUGAUCCGCGGGGGAAGGUUCAAGGAGAGUUUGGUGGUCCGAAAUGGCAGCCUUAGUAUCAGUGAUUGUAAAGACAAGUGUUGGAAGGAUUGUGAGUGCGUUGGGAGCGUGAUGAAUGGAAGUGGAGAUCAUAAUGAGACCGGCUGUACGCUUCUGUAUGGGGGAUUUGAGGAAGUUCCUGGGCCGACGACGGAAUACUUUCACGUCAUUGUUGGUGGAGCUAGCGGCGGAGGAAGAUUACCGUCAGACGUUGAUGGGAGAACAAGUGACCGUGGACAGAAUCACUGGAUAUGGGUUUCGGCCGCUGUAGCAGGGGCCCUGUCGAUCGUUAUUGUUUGCAUUUUCUGGUACCGGAGAAGGCAAAAACUGAGAGAGAGGGUUCUAGCAGAGUUCAUGGCAUAUGAUGAGCCCAACGAGGCAGAUAAGGUGGAAGAUGAUGGCAGUCGAGGCUCGGAUCAGUUGAAAGUUUACACAGUAGGGUCGAUCAUGACUGCUACAGGCAAUUUCUCCGUGCACAAUAAGCUUGGAGAAGGAGGUUUCGGACCUGUAUACAAGGGGAAAAUGGAUGACGGGAGAGAAGUAGCUGUGAAAAGAUUGUCAAAGAGAUCAGGCCAAGGCUUAGUUGAGUUCAAGAAUGAGCUUAUACUCAUAGCAAAGUUACAACACAUAAAUCUUGUAAGACUUCUGGGUUGUUGCAUUCACGGAGAAGAGAAGAUGUUGGUGUACGAAUAUAUGCCGAACAAGAGUUUGGAUUGGUUUCUCUUUGGUAAGUCGAAAGUAAAUGAAUCAAAGAGGUUACUAUUAGAUUGGACUAAGCGUUUCAACAUCAUCGAAGGGGUAGCUCAAGGGUUAUUGUAUCUUCACAAGUAUUCAAGAUUGAUGAUCAUACAUAGAGAUUUGAAGGUUAGCAAUAUAUUGCUAGAUGAAAAUCUGAACCCCAAGAUCUCAGAUUUUGGAAUGGCGCGCAUAUUCAAAACAAACGUGUCAGAAGCCAACACACUCAAACCCGUUGGAACAUAUGGCUAUAUGUCUCCCGAGUACGCCAUAAAAGGAACUUUCUCCACCAAAUCGGAUGUCUUUAGCUUCGGAGUCAUGCUGUUGGAGAUCGUGAGUGGCAGGAAGAACUAUGAUCUCAUUCAACUAGACCCCCCGGUCGACCUUGCAGAAUAUGCAUGGAACCUAUGGAAGGAAGGUUCGCCGUUACAGUUAAUGGAUCCCACCUUGGAGGAUUCCUGUAACUCUAAGGAUCAGAUACUCAGAUGCAUCAAUGUAGGCCUGCUAUGCAUGGAAUAUAGUGCAAUUGACAGACCUGAAAUGUCAGAGGUAAUUUCGAUGCUAACCAAUGAAGUCUCACAACUGCCCAUACCACAACAACCAGGGUUCACAAUGACAAGACUGCGAGACAAGAAGGUCAGCUCGAGCACCAGCGGCUCAGGAUUCUGGUCAAGCAAUGAAUUUACGAUAACAAAAAUCAUUGCUCGAUAACUAGAGAUACACAGAGGAAAGUCAAAGUAUAGAUUUCUCCGUCGAUUCCUGCCUAUUAUUGUCGUCAAUAGCUUUCUCUGCA